AUGACGGUGGGCAUCAAGCCGAGCUUGAUUCCUAAGAAGAAUCGCCGUAUGAUAUACGAGUACCUCUUCAAGGAGGGCGUUCUGGUGGUCCAGAAGAAUCCCAAAUUGGAGAAGCAUCCCGAGAUCGCGGUGCCGAAUUUGCACGUGAUGAUGGUGAUGAAGAGCCUAAAGUCAAAGGAUUUUUGCGAGGAGAUGUUCAACUGGCACCACAACUACUACACCCUCAAGAAUGAGGGCAUGGAGUACCUACGUGACUACCUACGCCUCCCUCCGACAGUUUUCCCCGCCACCCUCACAAAGAAAACCCCAGCGCGUGCACAGCGCGCUGGCCCAGAAGCUGAUGCAGGAGCUGAGGUGGAAAAUUGGAGGGUGGGAAUGAACCGAGGACGCCGCUCUAUGGGCGAGCGCACAGGGGAGGCUCGCGUUGGUGGCGACAGGGCAGAGAGGGCUCCCCGCUACGCGUAA